AUGGGUCGGAUAAUGGAGGCCACAUGCUACUAUCACUUCCCCAUUUGUCCGCCACCCGUCGAGGUGAACGAGAAGGCAGUGGACUCUGACGUGAUCGCUAGACGGCGUCUCUGCCGUGAUGACUGUUAUCUUAUUACUAAGGGCGAAUGCAGCGAGAUCUAUGGUCGUCUCCUCCAAGACACCCAGUCCCAAGCCUCUACUCCGAAGCUACUUAUGGACUGCAACAACCUCCCGCAAUUUGACCCCGAACAUCCGGAUGCCUGCUUGAGAACGGGCUCUCGACCACCCGUCCCUGACCUCACAGACUUGAUAAGCGAUCCCAAGCCUGAGGAGGUGCUUAAGCACAUAGGCAACGCAAGACUACAGAAGGGGACAGCUCGGGCAACGCAGUCACCGGAUCUUCUUCCUCUUUUCAUUUCGUUCGGAGUGCUGAUCCUCCUUGCACUCAUAAUCAUUCUCAUCUGCUUCGCCUGCCGUCGCUCACACAGUGGCUACUCAAACGGCGUCUUCACCGGUAGCUCACGAGCUAUGGGCUCCUUAUGUGGCAAAGCAACUGCAGUUAGCAAGAAGCAACAGGAUCGUCGCCUUCAAGCUCAAAAUGCAGUCGAGAUGAAGCAGCCCAUUACCGAGAUCAGUGCGAGUCCGGAAACGGCUCCAUUUGUGAUUCAUACCUUUCCCGCGGCAGCUUCACCCAACCUCGAGAGAAGAGCGCCAUCAAAUCAUCAGCAACAACGACAGUACCAUCAAUACCAGAUACCCAAAAAUGUAAUGCUUGUUCCCCCACCCACAUCUCCUGCUCCUCCACCACCAUCGUCGACCUACUCGCCUGUCGACCCAGCUAAUUAUCGAGCUUUCACACAAGUCUUUGCUUCCCAAACAGACCGUGGAAUGGAUGGGGGCGAAAGACAGUUCCUCGUAGUUAACAAAACUCUUCUCAGCCAACAGCCAAAUGGUCCUCACAACCUUGACCGUAGCUCCGGUUCGCCUGACAAUGUCGAUCGUUCUUUAAAGACGGUCAACUAUCCGCUUGUCCAAAUUAAGUUCGGUGAUAGGAUUGGGCAAGGUGUAUUUGGACCUGUGUACGCUGGGGAACUACAAGCUUCUAGUGAUUAUGAGAAUAGCAAACCAACGCCGUUGGUGAUUAAAACGUUAUCUCCCGGAGCACCAGCUGCUAUGCAAACUGAUUUCAGACGCGAAGUAGACAUAAUGGCGGAAUUGAAUCACCCAAACCUCUUGGGCGUCUUUGGUGUCAGCUUGCAACAACCUCCAUGGUGCAUGCUCUUCGAAACACCACUCUAUGGCGAUCUUCAUGAGGUUCUUCUGGCUGCGCGACCCUCCUCUGAUGGUGGCGGUUGGGAGCCUUCUGCAAGCGCCUCCCAAACGUGGCCCAGAAAUCAGCAUUUGAAUGAAGGUGACCGCUUCCAUGUUGCUUUCCAAGUGGCCUCUGGAAUGGAAUAUCUCUCGAGAAAUCACUUCAUUCAUCGCGACCUUGCCGCACGGAAUGUAACCGUGGGGGAGAAUUUGCUGUGCAAAAUCACUGACCUCGGAUUAGCACGUGAUUCGUAUGCUAUGGAUUACUAUCGUGUCCCUACUGCAAAUAACCUCCUUUUGCCUGUGCGCUGGAUGCCAAUUGAUGCAAUUCUCUACGGUCGUUUCAGUGUAGAAUCUGACGCAUGGGCUUUUGGCGUAUUACUAUGGGAAAUUUGGACAGACGGAAUGCGACCCUAUCAUCUUUAUUCGGAUGCGGAGGUUAUAGAUUUGGUUCAAUCAAGAUAUCUCCUUCCCUGUCCACACAACUGCUCCCCUCAGGUCUACGCACUUAUGGUGGAUUGCUGGAAUGAAGCGGGUUCAAAGCGUCCCUCAUUCGAGGAAGUACUUUCGCGACUGUCACUAUGGGACCAGGAGGUUCUAGAGAGGGAUCAUACGAAUGGAACAGAUAAGGGAACCGGGUUUACAAGCACUUUCCCAACAUCAGGAGCGGUAGACCUCACAGGGAACAACACCUGCAGUCACUCGGGUGACUCAGGAAAGACUAAUUCUACAGAUGUUUCCACAGAACGACCGGCAUCGCAGCGUAUCUCCUCGGUUCCCAUGCCCAUUAUGGCCAAUGUAGACGGGAGCAGUGGUGCACUGGAACUACUGCCUAGUGACUCUAAUCGCCAAUCGACAAAUUUCUCCCUUGGACCACGUCCGGUCACCACGGGCGCUAAUAGUACGAAUGGGAAACCCUUCCUCUUUACUGCCUCUGCAUCUUCUACCUCUAUUUCCGCCACCGGCACUGGCGGCAACUCCUUCCUCUACUCAUCCGAUGCGACUCGGGUGGUGUGA